GAAGGACCUGUUCGACCGGAUCCGGGUUUUGGACUUCGCGGGGGAGUUAUGAGAGUUCACAACUCCCCCUCCCCCUCAUUUGUAUGGCAUGCACAGCACUACAAACGCCACCACACGUGUAUGCUGUGCAUGACAAUUUUAUGCGCCGACUGUAGUGCUGUUUGGGCUUCCAGAAUUUGUGAUACAAACAGUGCUACAAGGCAGCAGCUGGAUUUGGGAUUUUGCAUUACAAAUGAGGGGGAGGGGGAGUUGUGCACUUUCAUAGGAGUGUGUCGAAGACUCUUUAGAGCCGAUCGUAUCGACGGCAAGUCGGAAGGAGCAGUUUGGGAUUGGAAAUGCCGCGACUCAGGGUCAUGUAGCUUCUUGCGCAGCAGGAGAACAAGUCGAGAUGAAUCUUCAAGCGGCCAGCGCGGCGAUCGCUGUAAAUAACCAGGAGGGCACUUCUGUAGGUGACGCAGCACCGGCAGCUUUUCUAAACAGCCGAAACAGCAGCUCAAAUCACCUCGUCGCACAGGACAGCGUAGAAAAACAACAUGAUCAUCAAAUCAACGCCAGCCACAGCGCCAGUUGGGCCGAAGAACGGUCGGAGCUGCGUGAGGCAGAGGAAAAUGACGUCACGCCCGAGUGCGGCAAUAACGGCGAAUCGGUCUCGAGGACCUCCCAACAACUACUAGCGGCUCAUCUCGACUUGCAAAAUUCACGGUCCACCCGGGAAAACUACUCCGAAACGAAUGAAACGCAGUCGCAGUCGCUCUGCAUGAGUUCACUGUCUCUCUCCAUGUCGAGCUAUUUUGAAGAUAUUCCGGCCAGGUGGGCGUUAGUGGAGUGUGUCACCAGGGACAUCGCUGAGAAACUGGUCUUUAUGAUCAAAAACCGAGGCGGCGGUGGUGGUGGUACUUCUAACACUAAUCUUACCCAUUCGUCAGUAGGAGCCGCGGCAGGAGGAACUUUGUCGCAACAGAGCCUCCCGCAGCAAGUUGCUUCGAACAGUGCGAUCACUACCUCGGGUUCCAAAAAAGAUCCGACAGGUGGAACCACAGGUCGGGCGAUCGAAGAUAC